AUGGAGGGAAAGGGAAAUAAUAAUAAUAAUAGAAACAAUGCAGUGGUUCGAUACAGAGGUAUUCGUAUCAGACCCUGGGGAAAGUUUGCAGCUGAAAUCCGUGAUCCAACGAGAAAAGGUUCUCGUAUUUGGCUUGGAACAUUUGAUAGUGCGGAACAAGCUGCACGUGCUUAUGAUGCUGCUGCUUUUCAUUUUCGUGGUCACAAAGCCAUUCUCAACUUCCCUAAUGAAUUUGCGCAUUCUACUACUAGUUAUUAUAUUCCAAACACUACUUCAACUGCAAAUAAUACAUUGCCUAACUCUUCUUCUUCUUCUACCUAUCAACAACAACAAAAUGAUGAUAUUCUAGAUCAACUGGCUUGCUUGGACUAUAAGUUGUUGGAAGAAUUUCUUCAGGAGCAAGAUGAUGCCGCAGCGGUCUCUAGACAGGCGAGUGAAUAG